GACGUCCUACUCGCUGUCUAUCUUCGAUACCGGCAACCAAAAUGUCCGACGCACCGGUCACAAUCCGCACUCGGCAAUUCAUCACCAACCGACUCCUGCAACGCAAGCAGUUCGUCGUGGACAUCCUCCACCCUUCGCGGCCAAACGUGUCCAAGUCCGACCUCGGGGAAAAGCUCGCCCAGAUGUACAAGGCUGAUGCUGGCCGGGUAGUCACUUUCGGGCUGAGGACACAGUUUGGAGGGGGGAGGACGACGGGGUUCGCGCUGAUUUACGAUUCGGAGGCGGCGCAGAGGCAGUUUGAGCCCAAGUUCCGGCUUAUCCGGGCGGGUAUGGCGACUAAGACUGAUAAGACGUCGCGUAAACUGCGAAAGGAGCGUAAGAACAGGGCGAAGAAGGUCCGUGGUACCAAGAAAGCAAAGGCAGCCGAGCCGCCAAAGAAGGGCAAAUAAGCGUCUCGCUGUCUUUCCUCGGUCGUCAUCCUGCGCUUACGGUCACGGUUGGGUCCAUAUUGGAGCAUCUUCGGCGGUUAGCAUUGCACAAAACUCAUGCACGCUGUUUAGUUCGUGUGCGAUGUAUCUUAGUCCAUGCUAUGCCUAUGCUACCUAUUCAUG